UAAUAAGGCUGGGCUGGCCACGAGCUGUUCCCCGCGCUGCACGGAGCCCGCACCAGGCGGUGGCGGCGGCGGCGACAGCCAUGGCCGGGGCGCUGGCAGGUCUGGCCGCGGGCUUGCAGGUCCCGCGGGUCGCUCCCAGCCCAGACUCGGAUUCGGACACGGACUCGGAGGACCCGAGUCUCCGGCGCAGCGCGGGCUGCUUGCUCCGCUCGCAGGUCAUCCACAGCGGUCACUUCAUGGUGUCGUCGCCGCACAGCGACUCGCUGCCCCGGCGGCGCGACCAGGAGGGGUCUGUGGGGCCCUCCGACUUCGGGCCUCGCAGUAUCGACCCCACACUCACACGCCUCUUCGAGUGCUUGAGCCUGGCCUACAGUGGCAAGCUGGUGUCUCCCAAGUGGAAGAAUUUCAAAGGCCUCAAGCUGCUCUGCAGGGACAAGAUCCGCCUGAACAACGCCAUCUGGAGGGCCUGGUAUAUCCAGUAUGUGGAGCGGAGGAAGAGCCCCGUGUGUGGCUUCGUGACCCCCCUGCAGGGGCCUGAGGCUGAUGCGCACCGGAAGCCGGAGGCCGUGGUCCUGGAGGGGAACUACUGGAAGCGGCGCAUCGAGGUGGUGAUGCGAGAAUAUCACAAGUGGCGCAUCUACUACAAGAAGCGGCUCCGUAAGUCCAGCAGGGAAGAGGACCUCCUGGCCCCUAAGCAGGCGGAAGGCGGGUGGCCGCCGCCGGAGCAAUGGUGCAAACAGCUCUUCUCCAGUGUGGUCCCCGUGCUGCUGGGGGACCCAGAGGAGGAGCCGGGUGGGCGGCAGCUCCUGGACCUCAAUUGCUUUUUGUCCGACAUCUCGGACACUCUCUUCACCAUGACUCAGUCUGGCCCUUCGCCCCUGCAGCUGCCGCCUGAGGAUGCCUACGUCGGCAAUGCUGACAUGAUCCAGCCGGACCUGACGCCACUGCAGCCAAGCCUGGAUGACUUCAUGGACAUCUCAGAUUUCUUUACCAACUCCCGCCCCCCACAGCCACCCAUGCCUUCAAACUUCCCAGAGCCCCCCAACUUCAGCCCCGUGGUUGACUCCCUCUUCAGCAGUGGGACCCUGGGCCUGGAGGUGCCCCCGGCUUCCUCGGCCAUGACCCACCUCUCUGGACACAGCCGUCUGCAGGCUCGGAACAGCUGCCCUGGUCCCUUGGACUCCAGCGCCUUCCUGAGCUCUGAUUUCCUCCUUCCUGAAGACCCCAAGCCCCGGCUCCCACCCCCUUCUGUACCCCCACCUCUGCUGCAUUACCCUCCCCCUGCCAAGGUGCCAGGCUUGGAGCCCUGCCCCCCACCUCCCUUCCCUCCCAUGGCGCCACCCACUGCUUUGCUGCAGGAAGAGCCUCUCUUCUCUCCCAGGUUUCCCUUCCCCACUGUCCCUCCUGCCCCAGGAGUGUCUCCGCUGCCUGCUCCUGCAGCCUUCCCACCCACCCCGCAGUCUGUCCCCAGCCCAGCCCCCACCCCCUUCCCCAUAGAGCUUCUACCCUCGGGGUAUUCAGAGCCUGCCUUUGGGCCUUGCUUCUCCGUGCCCAGAGGCAAGCCCCCCGCCCCAUCCCCUAGGGGACAGAAAGCCAGUCCCCCUACCUUAGCCCCUGCCACUGCCAGUCCCCCCACCACUGUGGGGAGCAACAACCCCUGCCUCACACAGCUGCUGACAGCAGCCAAGCCGGAGCAAGCCCUGGAGCCACCACUUGUAUCCAGCACCCUCCUCCGGUCCCCAGGGUCCCCGCAGGAGACAGUCCCUGAAUUCUCCUGCACAUUCCUUCCCCCGACCCCGGCCCCUACACCGCCCCGGCCACCUCCAGGCCCGGCCACAUUGGCCCCUUCCAGACCCCUGCUUGUCCCCAAAGCGGAGCGGCUCUCACCCCCAGCGCUCAGCGGCAGUGAGCGGCGGCUGUCAGGGGACCUCAGCUCCAUGCCAGGCCCUGGGACUCUGAGCGUCCGCGUCUCUCCUCCGCAACCCAUCCUCAGCCGGGGCCGUCCAGACAGCAACAAGACCGAGAACCGGCGCAUCACACACAUCUCCGCGGAACAGAAGAGACGCUUUAACAUCAAGCUGGGGUUUGACACCCUUCAUGGGCUUGUGAGCACACUCAGUGCCCAGCCCAGCCUCAAGGUCAGCAAAGCUACCACACUGCAGAAGACAGCCGAGUACAUCCUUAUGCUACAGCAGGAGCGCGCGGGCUUGCAGGAGGAGGCCCAGCAGCUGCGGGACGAGAUUGAGGAGCUCAAUGCCGCCAUUAACCUGUGCCAGCAGCAGCUGCCCGCCACAGGGGUACCCAUCACACACCAGCGUUUUGACCAGAUGCGAGACAUGUUUGAUGACUACGUCCGAACCCGUACGCUGCACAACUGGAAAUUCUGGGUGUUCAGCAUCCUCAUCCGGCCUCUGUUCGAGUCCUUCAACGGGAUGGUGUCCACGGCAAGCGUGCACACCCUCCGCCAGACCUCACUGGCCUGGCUGGACCAGUACUGCUCUCUGCCCGCUCUCCGGCCAACUGUCCUGAACUCCCUACGCCAGCUGGGCACAUCUACCAGUAUCCUGACUGACCCGGGCCGCAUCCCUGAGCAAGCCACGCGGGCAGUCACAGAGGGCACCCUUGGCAAACCUUUAUAGUCCUGGCCAGACCCUGCUGCUCACUCAGCUGCCCUGGGGGCCACUUUCCCUGGGCACGGGUUCCAGGGAUCAUCUCUGGGCACUCUCUUCAUGCCCCAGGCCCUGGCUCUGCCCUUCCCUGAGGGGGGAGGGGUCGAGCCGGGUCCAGGUUUCACACUUCCCACCUCCUGGAGGCCAAGAGGAGCGGAGUCCCCAUCCCUGCUCUGCCACUGUGCUUCAGCACCAUGAUCUUGGGUGACUCGUCCCCCAUCUUUGGACCUCUAUGUUUCAAUGUGCAAAAUGGGGAUGGGGAAGGUUCAAUCAGCAGAUGACCCCAGGCCUUGGCAGCUGUGACAUUGGGGGCCCAGGCUGGCAACUCUGGGGGUUCAGUAGUGGGAAAACGAGGAUACUAUUUCUCUGUCACCUGCACCUGCUCCCCCACAGGUGGGGCACAGACCUCUGUUCCUGAGCAGAGAAGCAGAAAAGGAGGUUCCCUCUCUGGGAUCCUUCACUGCUAACCUAGAGGGGCUGCAGGAUGGUUUCCCCUGGGGGAGGCCAGGAGGGCCUGAUCCCAGGAGACACCAGGGCCAGAGUGACCGCAGCAGGGCAGGCAUCGUGUGUGUGUGGACGUGUGUGUGUGGGUUUUGUAAAGAAUUCUUGACCAAUAAAAGCAAAAACCGUCUGCCGGUU